AUGGCGCCAAGAUAUUGUAUAGAAUUGGCAGACAGAACUUAUCGGGAUUUGACAAAAAAUGAAUUACCUUUCGGUAGAAAAAUUAUGCUUAUGGGUGGUGAUUUUCGACAAUUGCUACCUGUGAAAGUGAAUGGUUCACGAAGUGAAACGGUUAACUUAUCUAUCAAGUUUAGUCAUUUACGGAAACAUUUCAAGGUUUUUUCAUUGACAGAAAAUAUGAGAACCUUACCUGGAGAAGCCGAAUUCGCUAAGUAUUUACUAGAUGUUGGUAAUGGUAUUUUGAACGACAACGAUAAUAACUUAUUGGCGCCCGAAAACUGUGUUGCGUUAAAAGAUGAUGAUAUAGUACGAACAAUUUUUAAAGAUCUUAUUGACAAUCAUCAAUAUGACGAUUUAACAAAAGUUGCAGUUUUAGCAGCUCGACAUGUAGACGUUGAUGAAAUUAGUAGUAGGGUUAUAGAACUGCUUGACCACAGCACUGAAAAAAUUUAUACUGGCAUGGAUAGUACGGAAAAUUGUGAUAACGGAGACAUUGAUGAUGUUAUAUUACCCGAAUAUUUAAGUACUUUGAAUCCCCCAAAUUUUCCGCCAUACGAAUUAAAAUUAAGAUUACAUUGCAUAGUUAUGUUACUUCGUAAUUUAAGUCCCAGUGAAGGAUUAUGCAAUGGAACUAGAUUACAGAUAUUAGAUUUGUCGAAUAACCUUUUAAAAUGUCGAAUUUUAACAGGUGACAUGGCGAAUAACAUCGUGUUUAUCCAUCGUGUUACUUUGUAUUGA